UCAUUGUCUUCUUUCCCAUUGCCUUCUCUAAUGUUGUGUAUUUAAGCAAAGGGAACUCCCCUCAAUAAUCAGAAGACGCCAAUAGUGUGACCAGAAAGAAUAAAACACCCAUCCCCCACUCAAUAAAACACUACUUGCAUACAUAAAAAGGAUAAAAAGAACAAAAACACAAAAGCCAAAAAGAGAAUAAAGAGAGUGGUUGCUACUGGUUAGGAAAAAAAAAACAAAAGACGACGAUGUCGAUCAGCUUAGAGGAAAUCAAGAAGGAGAAUGUCGACCUUGAGCGCAUUCCGGUCGACGAAGUGUUUCAACAACUUCAAUGCUCGAGGAGCGGUCUAACAUCCGAUGAAGGACAAAAGCGAUUGCAAAUCUUUGGGCCUAACAAGCUCGAAGAGAAGAAAGAAAGCAAGUUCCUCAAGUUUCUUGGUUUCAUGUGGAACCCUCUUUCAUGGGUCAUGGAGAUUGCAGCCAUCAUGGCCAUUGCUUUGGCCAACGGAGGAGGCCAACCACCAGAUUGGCAAGAUUUUGUUGGUAUUGUUACACUCCUUAUCAUCAACUCCACUAUAAGUUUCAUCGAAGAAAACAGUGCCGGCAAUGCCGCAGCUGCUCUCAUGGCUGGGCUAGCUCCCAAGACAAAAGUUUUGAGAGACGGGAAAUGGUCGGAACAAGAGGCUGCCAUCUUGGUGCCCGGUGAUGUUAUCAGCAUCAAGUUGGGUGACAUCGUCCCCGCUGAUGCUCGUCUCCUCGAAGGUGACCCUUUGAAGAUUGAUCAGUCUGCACUCACCGGAGAGUCCUUGCCCGUCACCAAGAACCCAGGAGAUGAAGUUUUCUCUGGAUCCACCUGUAAGCAGGGUGAGAUUGAAGCUGUCGUCAUUGCCACUGGAGUUCACACCUUCUUCGGCAAGGCUGCUCACCUAGUUGAUAGCACUAACCAAGAAGGACAUUUUCAGAAGGUUAAUUUCAACAAUCACAAAAUAAUUUCCGUGUUGACAGCGAUUGGGAACUUCUGUAUUUGCUCGAUCGGAUUGGGUAUGAUAGUUGAGAUCAUUGUAAUGUACCCCAUUCAACACAGAAGGUAUAGAGACGGUAUCGAUAAUCUCCUUGUGCUUCUCAUCGGAGGAAUCCCAAUUGCCAUGCCUACGGUGUUGUCAGUAACGAUGGCUAUUGGGUCUCACCGCCUCUCUCAACAAGGUGCCAUCACCAAGAGAAUGACAGCCAUUGAAGAAAUGGCUGGGAUGGAUGUCCUGUGCAGUGACAAGACUGGAACUCUCACACUCAACAAGCUUACAGUGGACAGAAGUCUGGUCGAGGUGUUUGUGAAAGAUUGCGACAAGGAACAACUAUUGCUUCUUGGUGCCAGAGCAUCCAGGGUUGAGAAUCAGGAUGCAAUCGAUGCUUGCAUCGUUGGGAUGCUUGGUGACCCUAAAGAGGCCAGAGCUGGAAUCCAAGAGGUCCAUUUCUUGCCCUUCAACCCAGUUGACAAAAGGACAGCUAUUACCUACAUUGAUGGACAAGGCAACUGGCACAGAGUUAGCAAAGGUGCUCCAGAGCAAAUCAUUGAACUCUGCAACCUCUCUGAAAGUGCCAAGAAGAAGGCUCUUUCCAUCAUUGAUAAGUUUGCUGAUCGUGGGCUUCGCUCAUUGGCUGUCGGCCGACAAACUGUGCCAGAGAAGACCAAGGAAAGUGCUGGAGGGCCAUGGCAAUUUGUUGGUCUAUUGCCUCUCUUUGAUCCACCAAGGCACGAUAGUGCCGAGACCAUCAGGCGAGCUCUCCACCUUGGUGUCAAUGUUAAAAUGAUCACUGGCGACCAACUGGCUAUCGGAAAAGAGACGGGGCGUAGGCUUGGUAUGGGAACCAACAUGUACCCAUCAUCAGCUCUCCUUGGCCAAACCAAGGAUGAAUCCAUCGCCACUAUUCCAGUGGACGAGCUGAUUGAGAAGGCCGAUGGGUUCGCUGGGGUGUUCCCAGAACACAAGUACGAGAUUGUGAAGAGGCUUCAAGACAUGAAACACAUAUGCGGUAUGACCGGAGAUGGUGUGAAUGAUGCUCCCGCGCUCAAGAGAGCGGACAUUGGAAUUGCUGUGGCUGAUGCAACUGAUGCUGCUAGGGGUGCCUCCGACAUCGUCUUGACCGAGCCAGGGCUGAGUGUGAUUGUUAGUGCAGUGCUCACCAGCAGAGCCAUCUUCCAAAGGAUGAAGAACUACACCAUUUAUGCAGUCUCCAUCACGAUCCGUAUUGUGCUCGGAUUUAUGUUGAUUGCCCUCAUUUGGAAAUUUGAUUUCUCCCCCUUCAUGGUUCUAAUCAUCGCCAUCUUGAAUGAUGGGACGAUUAUGACCAUAUCCAAGGACAGAGUGAAGCCAUCCCCUUUGCCUGAUUCGUGGAAGCUCAAGGAGAUCUUCGCCACUGGAGUUGUGUUGGGGACAUACUUGGCCGUCAUGACUGUUCUCUUCUUCUUUGGCGCUUAUGGCUCUGACUUCUUCAGCGAAAAAUUUGGAGUGAGGUCAAUCAGGCAUAGCCCAGAUGAGCUGACAGCAGCUGUGUACCUCCAAGUGAGCAUUGUGAGCCAGGCUCUCAUCUUUGUGACUCGCUCUAGAAGCUGGUCCUUUGUUGAACGCCCUGGCGUUAUGCUUAUGAUUGCCUUCCUUAUUGCGCAACUGGUUGCAACUUUAAUAGCAGUUUACGCUAGCUGGGGAUUUGCAAGGAUCAAGGGGAUCGGAUGGGGAUGGGCUGGAGUCAUCUGGCUAUACAGCCUCGUCUUCUACUUCCCACUUGAUAUUCUCAAGUUCAUAAUCCGAUAUGCAUUGAGUGGAAAGGCAUGGGACAACCUCGUCCAGAAUAAGACUGCUUUCACCAACAAGAACGACUUUGGAAAAGGCGAGAGGGAAGCACAAUGGGCAGCGGCUCAGCGCACCUUGCACGGGCUCCAGCCAGCAGACACGGCGGAACUGUUUGCCGACAAAAACAACUACAGGGAGCUAUCUGAGAUCGCUGAGCAAGCCAAGAGGCGUGCAGAGGUGGCAAGGCUGAGGGAGCUCCAUACCCUCAAGGGACAUGUUGAGUCGGUUGUGAAGCUCAAGGGUUUGGACAUUGAAACUAUCCAACAACACUACACCGUCUGAUCGGUGAUGGUUUACUAACUACGCUGUUUGAUUGGGAGAAGAGAUUGCCGUUGAGUGGGAGCUAAGUUCCCUAAGAAGUUUUGAGUGCAUCACCUCGUUGAUCAACCAGAGUAUUAAGUAGGAUUUUGUUUUAGAAUAAAUGAAAAAAAGUUGGAUACACUUUUUACUAUUCUUUAUGAUGUAAUAGUUGCUUAAGAAUAAUCCAUCGUAUGAGAUUGGACAUAAUAUAUGUAUGUAACAAUCUUGGGGGUUGGAAAACUGUAUUAUUUCAUUGAGGUAGUAGUAAGAUUUCUAUUUUUUUCGCUUACAUUCAUGCUCUCUCUCCCUUUCUAGCCUAA